CUCAGUAUAAGUUCACAGCUUGGAGCAUUGUUUGUUUGCAGGUUGUGAGACGGAUCUCAUCUCUUCCUUCUGCAAAUGACAGCCUGGGUUGACCUCUUUAGCAAUUUGCCUUCAAUGUUAUACGUUUACAUAAGGGGUGGUGUACAACUGGCGUGAAGGUACUGACACAUUUAAGAUAGCACUGCAACAUGAGAGACAGUGAGCCUUGUGCUGCUCAUGGUCCAGAUUGACACGAACACUAAGCACUCAAAAUGUCUCUUUGCAAUGAUUUUUCUGAACACGUUUGGAAGCCUGGCUCCUGCAAGAACUGCUUCAAAUCAAGAGGUUCCCACAAGCUACAGACAGCGACUGACACCGGCAAAGUAGCUACACACACCACAAAUGUCUUUAAAAACAACGGUGACAGGACUCUCUUGGAUGAGGAAUAUGCACUGGCUUCAUCUCACUCCAAACCCACUAUAGCAGUCAAGCCAACUCUAAUGAACUCUGACGGUGCUACUGAGAUGUGGGCAGACGUGAAUAUGAAUUCAGAAGGGCAGCAGGUAACCCAGGAAAUGUCAUCCGAAAAAUCUAAAAGUUGUCAGAAUAAUAAUGACAUAGAGCCCGGGACAAUGCAAUUGGAUUGUAACUCCUGCAGGUGUUUGCGAGCGGCUGUGGGGAACCACUCCUCUGAUGAUGCUGUACAUUCGUGGUGUCCUAAAGAGAAUUGUGGAGAAAUAUCACGACAUGGGAGUGAAUCUCUGUAUGAGCAGAAUGUGUAUCACACAGAGUCAUCGGGUGAUGGGGAGGGGCAUGGCUACAUGUCGACACCAGCCAACACCGACACCUUCACAAUCACUCGCGGCGUGGACAAGCAACAGCAGCAGCACAGUUUAUUUCCACACCAGGAAUUUAAGAGUUUAAACCUGCCAUCGCCAAACAACUUGAAAAAUUCACUUCGGAGCAGGAGCACUGAGGCAGAGAAACCAAUGUGCAGCAGUUAUGAAGAGGUAUUGCAGUUCUAUUCACUUGAUGAGGAGACAAGCAACGUCAUGAACUCCUACAUGUUGAUACAAAGUCCAAAUAAUUCUUUAAGUACUGAAGCAGCAAUACCAGACCUCGCCUUUCCUAGUGGUUCUGAUCAAAUCUAUCCCCUGGACAAAGCUCUGAGCCUGAACAGAGAUUGCAGUAAAUCACAGAUGGGAGCUGAACAUCGGGAGAUCAGGAAGUUUGAAACAACAACAAAUACAUUCUUUAAGUUAGGAUCAAGCUACCAUGGUGAAGUGAGUAUACAGUGCAAUGAGCAAUAUCUGCAGGAACAUCUGGAUACAUGUGACUCAUCUCUACAUCACCAGGCUGCAUGUCCAGACAGUAGAGACGUCUUGUUCAUGUCUGGAUGUGGGAACCCUAAGGAACUGCUUCCAUGGGAGGCGACACAGAUACGUUCUUAUGCCUCACAGAUAAAGCAGCACUGUCAUGAAGCCUCUGGGUCGGAUUGUACAAACUGCAGUGAAAAUAAGGAGGAAAUAGCUGUUCCUGAGAUCAGACCUACGGUAAGGAAUAACAACGGUAAUUUGUGCAAUUGGUCCGUGAACUCGGUCCUGAAACCUGACAGAAACGAACCAAUCUAUGCAGAGAGCACAAAAAGGAAAAAUAGAGCACCUGGUAACAAAAAUAAUGUCAGGAAAGCUCAGUGGUCAACAGUGGAGACUCUGCAGAAAGAAACGGUGGUGGAGCACCAAGAGGAUGGAAGAACAGAUGUGGUGGGUACUGAUGAUGUCAGCAGUCAGAGACCCACUAUUACUGUGGUGACAUCACACACCGAUGAAGACAACAGGACAUUUUAUCUAAGCAGCCCUGACUCUGCUGUUGCAGUGCAAUGGCAAUGUUUUAAUCCAGGAGCGAAUGCACAUCAAGAUCAUGGUAACCCCUCUCCAUCCCUACAACACUCGCCCACUGGUUAUUCAAAUCAACACAGGAGCAGCCAUGAAUCCUGCUCAAUAGAGACGGCAAACCUGCAGCAUUCUUCCCGCCCUAUCCCUGCAGUACCUCCUAAACAGUCAAAAGCCAGCACAGUCCUAGAACCAAUCUCAACAGGAAACAGCAAAUCACAGGAGUUAAACAAUCUCUCCAUGUAUAAGUCCUGUGACAGUGUAGGAAGCGAUACAGCCAGUGAAAACCAUUCAGUGUCGCAGCACUGUCCUUCUCCAACAGAUAUAAGCAAAGAAUCACUUGGAGCUGAGCAAUCAGGCAAGCUCUCAAUAACUAUACCCAUCAGCCAUCCCUAUAGCAGAGUCCUCACUGAAACAGCUGAGCUUAGCUCCUCUUCACUGACAGCAGAGAGAAGAAGUAGAUACUACAAAACAGCAUGGGGCAAACAGUGCAAAAUAGAUGAAGAGGAAGAGAAUGAGGAAACAAGGAACCAUUCACAAGAAGGGCAACCUGUAAGUCCGAUGGAUUCCCAUUGUGCCAAGAGAGGGGAUAAAAGCUUGGAAACGGCAGCCAGUACUUAUAAUGCACCAAUACCACCAAUAACAUACAGUGGUGUUGUCCAUUAUGGGGAAAAGAGCCAAGCUGGAAGCUAUUCUGAAGGAAAUAGAAGAUCUGAUGUUUCCAAGGCUACAAUCUACUCUUCUUCAGAAUGGACUGAGAGUAGAAACCCAGCAACCAACACAGUACCUCCACCUCCUCCCCCAAAGAAACAGAGCAGAGAACGGUCGAUGAUAAAGAUGAGCCAUAGCACUUCUGAGGGAGAAAAGCCAAGCUGUGGCUCUGUGGAAAAUCUAGUGGGAAUUUCCGAAGGAAUGAAUGGUAGAUUCCCUGCAGUCUCCACUGAGAGUCUGGGCUCUGAUUCUGACACAAGGACCUUUCAUGACAGGGGUCAAGCAGCCGAGAUUGUGAUCUGUGUAAAUGGUUCUCACAGCUGGAGAGAUGGUCACCCUGUCUCUGCCAAGUCAAUGGAUGAUGCACUUCCCAGCAGGGGCCAGCCUCCGCCGCUUCCCCUAAAGAAAGUCGGAAAUAGAACAACCUCCGCCCCCGACUGCUCAUCUUGGAGGGACUUAUCACCGAGGAGAACCAAUACGUCUUCCAGCAGCAGCUACCUGAAUGUCAGUGUUUCUGAUGGUGUCCUCCAUGGACAUGAGGGGGGCAGCUCAGAUGAGUGCCAUUUGUGUUCUCCCUCCAGCCCUUCAGACAGGCAGCAUGUAUUCUCUUCCUGUGAGUCGCUGGAGAAGUGUGUUCCUGGCUACAUGCACAAAGCUCACAGUUCAGAUGACAACUCCAACAGGAAUGAUCAAAGCCUUCGGUCUGUUUCUUCCAAUCAGAUCAGCUUAGCUAAUCAGAGCUCCUCAGUCUCGAAUCUGCAGCUGCACAGACUCCUCAGUAACAUGGACAGUAAGGAAGGGAUGCACGCCAAGCUGGGCAGCCUGUACGCAGAGUCCCUCCGGCGACUGGCAGUCAAGUGUGAAGAUUUCUUUAUGCGAGGGCAGAAAGCACAACUGCACUUCAAUGAAAACAACUGGUCAGAUUUCAAGCUGAUAUGUAAUCAGCCUUGCUGUGAUGCUGGUGAUGCUAUUUACUAUUCAGCAGCCUUUGCCAGGGACCCAGACAACCAAUAUGCAGUAAAGGUCUGUAAAAACCAUGGUCCGGAUUCUCAUCAAGCCCAUUUCUACAGUCUCUCUGUGCAGCAGAGCCUCUCAGCCCAUUUCAACAUCCAACAAGACUGUGGCUAUUUUAUAGCCUCUGUUCCUCCGAGCAUGCUACCACGUGAUGAAGAAGCCACCGCUUUGCAGGAUGGGAGGACCGCAGAUGGGGAUGACCAGGGUAAUGCUAACACGAGUCUUGCUGAUCUGAGCAGCUCAGUGACAGACAGGGUGGUUGUCAUAACCCGGGAGGUUCCUCAUCAGACAGCAGCUGACUAUGCACGGGAGUGGCUGCAUCUCCACAGAUCACAGCCAGACGACUAUGAGCGCUGGGUAUGUCUGCUUCUACUGCAGCUCUGCAAUGGUCUGGAGCAUCUGAAAGAGCGUAACGUCACACACUGCGAUCUUUGCCUGGAGAACCUACUGCUGGUUCACUGUAGACCCGGCAAGAGGCACAGUGAGAACAAGAAAGAUCGCCUGAGCCAAGUCCGUUUAUCCCGGCUUAUUAUAAGCAACUUUUUAAAAGCUAAGCAAAAGCCGGUGGCAAAUGACGCUAGGCUCAGACGUGACCAAGCUCGCUUGGCCCCUGAAAUCGUGUCUGCAUCACAGUACAAAAAGUUUGACGAAUUUCAGACGGGGAUCCUCCUUUAUGAACUUUUACACCAGCCAAAUCCUUUCGAGGUAAACCCGAAGCUCAGAGAGCAGGAGUACAAUUUGGAGGAUCUUCCCUCAAUCCCCAGAGCCUCUCUCUACUCCAAGGGUCUACAACAUCUAGUCCAACUAUUGCUGGAAGCAGAUCCCAUCAAACGCAUCCAUAUCUCAGAGGCCAAACGAAUAUUGCAGUGUCUACUUUGGGGUCCACGGAAAGACCUCAUGGAACAGAAAUUAAGGAGCAAAGAGAUGGCUUAUGGUGUUCUACAGAACUGGCUUGAUGUGAAGCGAGCGCUGCUUAUGAUAAAGUUUGCAGAACGUUCGUUGAGCCUUGAGCACAGGGUGGAGCUGGAGGACUGGCUCUGUUGCCAAUACUUUGCGUUUGCAAGCCCUGACUCCCUGUAUCACACAGCACGACUUCUGCAUCUUUUGUAAACCACUGAACAAUCAGCUCUGAACUACUACUUCCAUAUUCAGCAAUGAAUUCAUUGAAGAUUUGCAUAGAGGAGCAACCGCAGGCUGACCCCUGGGCAUUUUGCAAGCCUGAAACCAGGACUUCCCUCUCUGCACUGUAUUUGAAAGGUGUAUAUAGAUUCUAUAUUUGAACAGAUGCAUACAUUUAAAUACAAGACUGUUGAAUUGUUCAAAAAUUCUUGAUGAGUUAUUUAAAUUUAAAUUAGUUUAAAGGCUAAAUAACGGAGGAACAUCAUACUUUUUAACCUCCAGUCCGUAAUGCCACUGCUCGGAGUACCACUUAGACACACAGACCCAGAGAUCGCAGGUUGAUGUCUGCUGGUCUGUGCUGGGUUGGUUGAUAUCAGCCAAGGCUGCAGUUGAGGUACUACAACUGACCUCAAUGCUACUGGGCUAGAAAAAAGAAAAUCAGCCAGGGUUUCUGAGUGCUAGCCAGGCAUCCGAACAGUCACUGGGGGCGUGGAAUCCUCCCACUCAUCUC